AGAGGCAGAUUGUCAGAGCUGGAAAAAAAAAAAAAGAGCUAGAAAUCUGUAUAAUUUAAUUUAUUUGAGUUGCAGAACUGCUCUUUGACGGAUUUGGAUCGAGAAAAGGUUCAGAAUGUGAGUUAAUGUUGAGAAACGAAGGGUCACGUUCAUGCAUCGGUUCAGUUUCUUCACGCUUCGAGUCGAGUCUUUAGCGAGACGCUGCAGGUGCGUCGUCCAGGAGGACUCGCUUCACCUUCGUCUGACUGUUUUUGCUGUUUCCCAGGUGACACGCGGCAUGUUUGGUGCUAACCGGAAGAAGUUUAUGGAGGGAGGCUUAGAGAGCGACUACGCCGACGACUCCAGCCUCUACUACAGCCAGCAGUCCAUGUUCCCUCCUCACCGCGCAGAUAAAGACAUGCUGGCGUCUUCCUCUGCUUCCUCAACGGGUCAACUGUCACAGCUGGGAGCCAGUCUAUAUGGACCGCAGAGUGCUCUGGGUUUCCCCAUGCGGGGGAUGAACAGCAGCGCGGCGCCGCAGUUAAGUCGAAGUGGACUGAACCAGUCGGCCGGUCAACUGUCGAGUCACAGCAGCACGCCCAACGCCGGCACCAUGCACACGCCGACGUCGCCGAGCAGAGCGAUCCUGCCGCUGAGCCGGAGCGUCCUGAACCACAGCCAGCAGGUCGGCGGUCCGACCGGCCAGGCGGGCGGGAUGGGAGGCGGAGGGGGAGGCGAGCGGGGAGGCGGAGGUCGGAGCGGCAGCAUGGGGAGCCCCAGCCGGUCGUCGCCGAGCAUCAUCGGGAUGCCCAAGCAGCAGCAGGGACGGCAGCCGUUCACCAUCAACAGUAUGUCAGGGUUCGGCGUGAACAGGAAUCCGGGCUUCAACAUGAACAACUCGCUUUCCAACAACAUCUUCAACGGCACAGACGGCAGCGAGAAUGUGACGGGUUUGGAUCUGUCGGAUUUCCCGGCGUUAGCUGACAGGAGUCGGAGGGACGGAGGUUCGAAUCCAACCCCGCUGCUCAACCCGCUGGCCGGUCGGGCUCCUUACGGCUGUCAUUGGUCUGUUUCUCCAGUUGGCAUGGUAACCAAGCCGUCCAGUGAGCAGUCGCAGGACUUCUCCAUCCACAACGAGGACUUCCCGGCCCUCCCCGGGCCCAACUACCAAACAAAAGACCCCACCAGCACCAACGAGGACAGCAAAACGAAUCUGAACUCUUCAGGAAAGCCCACCUCCAACUCAGACGGUCCAAAGUUCCCCGGCGACAAGAGCUCUGCUCCCAGCAACAACAACCAGCAGAAGAAAGGGAUCCAGGUGCUUCCUGACGGGCGUGUGACCAACAUCCCCGUCGGCAUGGUAACGGACCAGUUCGGGAUGAUCGGCCUGCUGACGUUCAUCCGGGCGGCGGAGACGGACCCCGGCAUGGUCCACCUGGCGCUGGGCUCCGACCUCACGACGCUGGGCCUCAACCUCAACUCGCCCGAGAACUUGUAUCCUAAGUUUGCGUCUCCGUGGGCGUCGGCUCCGUGUCGACCGCAGGACAUAGACUUUCAUGUUCCCUCAGAGUAUUUAACCAACAUCCACAUAAGGGACAAGUUAGCAGCUAUCAAGUUGUCUCGAUACGGUGAAGAUCUGCUGUUUUAUCUCUACUAUAUGAACGGAGGAGACUUACUACAACUCCUGGCUGCAGUAGAACUCUUUAACAGGGACUGGCGGUACCAUAAAGAGGAGCGGGUUUGGAUCACCAGAGCUCCGGGGAUGGAGCCCACGCUGAAGACCAACGCCUACGAGAGAGGGACCUACUACUUCUUCGACUGCCUCAACUGGAGGAAAGUGGCCAAGGAGUUUCAUCUGGAAUACGACAAACUAGAAGAGCGACCUCACGUUCCCUCCACCUUCAACUACAAUCCUGCCCAGCAGGCCUUCUGAUUGGCUGAUCCUCCUCCUGCCUGCCUGCCAUUGGCCCUCCUGGCUCCACCCACCAACCCACCGUCACCUGUUUAGGUUUCCUCCACCUGCACACACUCAGAUCAAUCAGGCCUGAAAGGACUCGGGACGCCUCCUGAUGCCCGACAGACUUUAUCGUUUUAACUUCUGAGUUUCGUUUGUUCUUUACCUCAUUUUUUUUUUUUUUUUUUUAAUCUCCCACUUCUUCCUCCAUGAGUUUGGUUCCAGCUCAGUCCAACACCAACAGCACUGCAAAUAAGUGUCCAUCCGACCGAGUGAGCCACGUUCCUGCUCGGUCUUAAGAAUCGACUAUUUUUGUCUAAGAAGCUUUUAAGGAGAACCAGAUUUUAAACGCGGGACUCGGCCACCCGUCAGGAUGGACGCUUAUUUCGCUCUGUGUCGCACUUCAGCUCCAAAUAUUUAUCUUCACUCUGACCAGGUUUUUGUUUUGUUUUUCUCCAGCGUCAGACAGUCAGGAGGCGAAAUGCAAUGUACAUUGUAGCACUAUUUCAUAAUAAAAGAAGGAAAAACACCUUUUAUUUGGGGGGUUGUUGAUUUGAUCUGCUUUAAUUCAGCAGCUAGAAACCGACUCGGAGCUCAGAGACGUCACUUUUAGUCGAACACGUUGGGAUUUUCUCCAAACCGACUUCUUGUUGUCAACAAACCGACACAAACUAAACUAAACUACAUUCAUCUGUUUGGUAGUUUCUGAUCAAAAUGGGGAAAAACGUCGACAGAACAGCCAAAGACGUUCAGUUUGCUGCCGCAGAGUACGAAGAAAAACAUAAAUAUGAACGUUUAAGACGCCGCAAUCAGAGAAUUUACUGUUUUUUUUCCCUUCAAAAUCUACUCAGACUGAUAAACCAGGAAAAUAGUUGGUGAAUCAUUUAAAAAUCAACAAGCUUCGUGUUAAACAUCUUUGUAAAGCUUCUUAAAUGUGUUGUUUCAUUUCUUAAUUAACGAUAAAUGAGAUUUAUUCAGUUUCAGCGGCGGUUUGAUCCACAUGUUGGUGCUUCAGUGCAGCGAUUUGCCACUUUAUCGGCUCAAAGAAAACAAAAACGAUCUUUAAUCUUCACCGAUGAACAUUUUUAAGAACAAAAACUAAACUGAGUCCAGAUUUUAGAAGCUACUUGAGAAACCCACCAGCUGAUGGAGGAAACCUGAACUCUUCUUGAUUCUUUCGUUUGUUGACAAUAAGAAAAACUUUUAACGCGUCUUUAAAUUCAAGCGACUGGUUUGUUUUCCUUUUUAUUGGGCUAAAGUCUGAACACGUUGCUCAGCUUCCAUCCACUGCUUCCAUCUGUUCUUCUGUUCCUUCACAGCUUCCAUCACCUCCUCAUCUUUGUUCCUUUCAUUUAUUCCCCACAUUCACUCACAGGGUGUUUUUCACCGGGUUCCCGUCAGACUGAUCAGAACAUUUCUCUUUCUCGCCGAGAUUCAGACGUUCCACCAUUUUUUUUUUUUUUUUUACACUAAAUAGGAAGCUACAGCCACAAGCUAGUUAGCGUAGCUUAGCAUAAAGAAUGGAAACGGAGGGAAACUGCUAGCGCGGUUCUGUCCAGCAGGGAACAAAACCACCCGCGAGGCUCCUGAUUGUAACGUUUUUGUUUAAUUUGCACAAAACUAAAGUGUAAAAACAACAAAUUAACAUUUAAUGAAGGUUGUUCGUCGAUUUGGUUUGAAACCGCGACGUUUUUCUACGCUUGGGUGCAGCUCAAGCUAAAUAUCAGUGAGUUUAACGGGUGUUUUGUUUGAUUUUUCAGUUUUUUAUGCUAAGCUAAGCUAACUGGCGCACAUUUUCCUGAACAAAGAGUCUGAGUCUCGGCGCAAAAGCUAAAUUUUCUCUAAAAGUGUCAAAGUUUUUUCUUUUAAGCUCCACCAAAAGACCAAAACCAACCAAAAGAGUUUUUUUUUUUUUUUUUUUUUUUUAAACAUAAUUUAUUGAUUUUAAUUUGCCACGUUAUUUUUUCCCUCCAGGAGGCACCGAUGCACACUUAUGUAUAUAUAUCUGGAUAAAUAUAUAUACAUAAACGCGAGGCAGUAUUUUUAAGAAAAAGGUCGAAAACAAACAAAAAAAACAAACAAAAAAAAAACAGAGAAAAUUUGCCCCAAACGAGGAGCCCCUCCCUCCUCUGCUGGCCAGAUGCAAUACUGACGCCUCCCGUUGCCGUGGAAACCGCCGCCAGGGAGACGGUUUCCGGGGGGAGACCACCGCCGACUCCGCCCGCCCGCCACACCGACCAACCACCUUCCAGCUCUUGACCGUCGCCGUGGCAGCAACAGCAGCAGCGCCGGUUGCCGUGACCACAGGGGCCAGCAGCAAACGCCAAGGACACGCCCCCCACAGACCGUGUGACCUGUCUGAGACGAUCCGAUUGGAGGACGAGGACUGAGGCACUUGGCCGUAGGCUGUUUUAUUAAAUAUGGCAGCUAGUGUUUUAAUAGGAAAAAGAAUAAAAUAAAUAUUCUGGUAAUGAAACUGAA